ACGUGCCUUUGAAAGGGUGGUUUGAUCGUCGUUCCUAAUAAAGUCGGCGAUCAAAUGAGACGGCGAAACUGCUGAGGAAAGGAUAGUCGCUCAAAUGACGAUGCCAGCAAACGCCGAUGCGCCCAUCGCGACUGAAAGACGGAAACGGAAACGCGCGUCCGGAAACGGAAACGCACGCAAGGCAAAAGCGUGCCAGCGAAGCCGCAGCCGCAGCCGCCAUCAAUGUCGUGGGCAAAGCUCGUUGCGAAAAAAUCAAAAGAUGCCGGCCGCUCUCCAGCAAGUAGCCGACGGAUAUGUCGCAAAGUUCGGCUCAAAUGAGGAAGUCAUGGAUCUCCGGAUGGUGGGUGGAAAACUGGGCCGGUUGCCAAAACGCCAAGUCGUCCCUCUGGGUACCUUCCUCGACGAGAAGUUCGAAGACGCACGACUGGACAUUGUGCUCACGUUCUUGGAAUGGAUUUUCUCCGACGUGCGCGCCACGGAGCAGGACCAAUGGGAAAAGCAGAUUCUGGAUGAUGCCAGGUUCAAAUUCGAAGAUCCCAAGUGGGUCAAGAAUCUGAGCUUGGCGGAAUCAGCUGCUGCUUUCAGCCCCACUGACGUGAAGGAGAUUUGCCCGGCCACUCACCACGUCGUUUGCGCUACCCUUCCCGUAUUUGCGGGAGUUUGCUUCCCCAAGCAACUAGAGGGAAAGUACGACUCUUGAAUGCCACUUACUGUCCCAAUUUGUCCAUCCCCUGUUUCAAGAAGCAUUG